AGCGACGAGAAGAAGCGAUAUCGAAAUGCAAAGGAUAACUAUUACGACAUGCAGCGAUGUGGCCUUGCACCGAAGCCUCCCCCCUUCAUGGCGAACGAACAGCCGCCGAAACGCCAAAUUGACGAUGUCGACAGUGACAACGAUGGGGAUGAAGAUUGGUCUCCACCCACCGAUUAUGUAGCCAAGGCUCAGGCACGGUUGGCUCUUCUCGUCCCCGGGGCCACCAUGACUAUCAAGGACAACCUCGUCCUGGUGCCCACCACCUUCGCGGCCUGGGAGAGGCACGUGCUCAGCGGCGCCGCCAGCGCCUCGGCGGCGGGAGCAACCCCCGCACCCCCCUCACCCCAGGCUUCCCCCGCGGCUGACGCCGCCGCGGCCACCGGGUCCUCCGCGGCGACGUGCUCCCGCUACCCCAAGAGGAGCGACACCCGGAUGGACUACAUGGAGCCCAAGCUGCGCGACGACGACCUCCUCUUCUGCGAUGAUUGCGGCAGGGAAUGGGAAGGCGACUGCCCGACACACGGAGCCCUGAAAGUCAUUCCGGACACCGAGGUCGCCGUCGGCCACCCCGAGCGGGCCCUGCUCACGGUGCCGCGCCAGCUCGUCGUCAGGGUCAGCAAGUCCCCCGGCGCGGAGCGAGGCCGGCGGGGCGUGUGGACGCGACAGCCAGUGCCCAGGAGGGCGCGCUUCGGGCCGUACGAGGGCGACGUCAAGGAGACCAGCUCCGACGGUACAGCAGACGGUGAGCCGCGCGAUGACACCGUCGACGCCUCGGACAUGACCUCGUCCAACUGGAUGCGCUUCGUGAACUGCGCGCGCCGCCCUGGGGAGGAGAACCUCGUCCCGUUCCAGUUCCAGGGCCACCUCUACUAUCGCACGGUGGGCAGGAUCCUCGCCAAGACGCAGCUGCUGCUCCCCGAGGCAUACAACGACCCCGUGCAGGACAAGCGAGCCAUCAGUAAUCUUGCAGCCGCCACCUUCCCCUGCGAGCAGUGCGACCUGUGCUUCAGCAGCCCCCUGUUCCUGGCCCAGCACCUCCGCGCCAGCCUGAGGUGCUCGGGAGAGCAGCCCGGAGCACCCGGAGCAACGCAGCCUGCGGGUGGAGAAAAGCAGUCACACCAAGGAGAGGGCCAGGGCGGUGCAGCAGUGGGUCACCGCUGCGUUACCUGCGGCGAGAACUUUCGGUCAUCGUCUGGACUCAUGCGGCACAUGCGGGUGCACUUACCUAGUAACAACCCCCACAAGUGCGAGACCUGCGGGGCGGCCUACAGGAGCGAGCCCGUCUUGAAGGACCACAUGCGAGCGGCGCACGGCUUCAUCGAAAGACCCUACAAAUGUGAGACGUGUGACGCUGCUUACGCUACAAGUGUCAGUCUGCGCAUACACGUGGGGAAACACACUGGGGAAAAGCGUGAAAAGCCUCACAUCUGUGAGACCUGUGGAAAUAGUUUCUUUGAUAAAACCGGCCUACGCAGGCACAUGUUAACACACUCGGCAGUGAAGCCUUACAUCUGUCCAGCCUGCGGCAAAGGUUUCACGAAAAGUGUCCGCCUCGAAGGGCACAUAAGGGUGCACACUGGUGAGAGGCCUUUCCGCUGUCAGAUCUGUGACUCCGGCUUCACGCAGAAGCAGUUUCUAAGCAAGCAUAUGAAGAAACAACACAAAGAAGCCCAAUGAGUUAAAACAACUUUCAACCCUGUCAAUUGAAUCUCUAACUGCAAAUGUCUCUGUAAAAAGUAAACUUUUUAGUUUAAAAGUAAAACUAUUUGUAUAGCCAAGCUCUUUUUGUUGUUACAUAUUUUUGUAUACGAUUACAAAAAAAUUCGUUUUUAUUUUUUACAUCUUUUUGAAUUAUAUUGUAAUUCCACAAA